UUUUAUUAAAUAACAAGCGAGUGUUUUUUUCUUUUCUUUUUUUUUUUUGAUGACAAUUCCAAGAUUUUUGUUAACCUCAUUGACAACAAUAAUAUUGAUAAUCAUUUUCUAAAAAAAUGGCUGUAUCAUUAGGAUUAUCAUGUAUAAUAUCAUCAUCAUUAUCAUUGGUUAUAAUGGCUGCAAUGCAAAUAUUUCGUUCACAAUUAAUCGAAACUAAAUUACUAACAUUAUUUGCCGGUUAUCUUGGUUCAUUAAUCUUUAUAUUUAUAUUAACGGCUGUUAAUAAUGUACAAAUGUCAUUGUUUGGUAAACAUUAUCAAUCUAAAUAUACCGAAGUUAUAUUUAGUUUAAUUGUGGCCAUGUUUACAUCCGGUCUUGUUCAUCAAGUAGCUGUCACUAGUUGUUUGUUAUUCUCGCUUGCGUCAUUAUAUUUCCUCAACAUUAUCAGUUCGAAAACUUAUCAAUCAAACAAUUUGAUUGAAAAUAAAUCGUCAAUGAAACAAACGAAUGUACGAAAGAAGAAAUGAAAAAAAACAUUGAUUUUUGAUUUGGACACUUUUUUUUGGAUCCGGUCAAUCAUCC